AUGUCGUAUGCUAUUGAGACCAAGAAGCGCAAAUUCGAUCGCAUCCUCGAGGCACUUACUGAUGGUGCCGCCUCCGCUCCCCCCUCGACUUCAGCCUCACCGUCGCGUUCAUCCGUCAACGCCUCCGCAACCUCACUGUCUCUCUACGCCGCCUCUGACUCCUCUAAGCGACGUCGGAUUACGCCCACCUCAAACACUACAGCAUCAUAUACUUCUGUGCCGGUUGCGCUGAGCGGACAUUAUCUCCCAUCAAGCCGAGCUGCCUUUCUCCAGCGACUGGAGACAUUUCGUCAUGUGACACAAUGGCAUGUCCCAUCUAUCGAUACCAUCAAUGCCGCAGCGUGGGCAAAACGAGGCUGGGUUUGUGUUGAUACAGAUACAGUAGCAUGUGGUGUUUGCAAGGAGAGGUUGUAUAUUGAUCUCAAUAUCGACAAGGAGUUGCUCAAGUCUUCCGAGAAGCCUAGUGACGAAAGUGCGGACGAGGAAGACAGCUUCGCCAUCUCAGCCGAGAUCUAUGACAAUAUUAUCGCAAGGUACCAGGAUAUGAUUGUCACGGCACAUGCAGAAACAUGUCUCUGGCGAAAACGAGGGUGCGACAUCUCAAUCCAGCGCAUCGAAGGUCUCUUAAACACAACUUUGGCUCUCUCCGGACUGAAAACGCGUUAUGACAGUCUUGCCAGUCGCUCAGACGAAAUCCCCCCCGUUGAGCCUCUACCAUUGAACCCUUUUGUAAAUGCUCAAGAGUUGGAAGAAUUCCGUUUCAGUGAACUCGAACGCCCUCACAUUGACACACUUAGACUAGCGAUCUGUGGCUGGGAGAGGAGAUCUGAGGAUGUCAUUGAAUGCCACCACUGUUUCCGCUCACUGGGUCUGUGGCUAUAUCGUGGCGAACCACCUGCGAUUGGGAAAUUGGAUGCCAUAGACAACCACUUGGAAUAUUGUCCUUGGAGAUCGGCCGAGGCUCAGGACACCGAACUACAAACAGGGCUCCGCAAAAGCACUACGGGUGAGCAGAUUGCACCGAAGAAGGAGCGGGUGGCAGGUUGGGUUCUAGUGUACCAAGCGAUCGCAAAAGACAACAGGCAGAAAAGAGCGUCAACUGAACCGGCGUCCACUGCGGCUUCCGAGGCCGGGCCCCGCGAAAAUGGAUCCACGACGCCAGAACAGCGUGAGAAGAGAAUGAAAGAUUUGCUCCGCCGAAUCAAGGAGAUCAAAAAACCCUUCAACGUCAAAGCGCUCCUGAAGCGGAAGGACAAGCCUAGGGUUUGA